GCACUCAGACGUCGGAAUCCAGACGGCAACGGGUCUGCGCCGGGAACGGGUGACAAAGGAUUACAGGAAAAGGGCGGCUGGAAUAAUUACAAAUAAAGUCAAUAUUGGCGGACAAAUCGUUUUUCCUCUAGCACAACAUAUGAAUGGCUGCAGCAGCUUUGCAGAGAGGCCUGUGUUUUCAGAUCUGACCCUGGAAUGGCUGUCGGAAUGGAGAAUCACUCCAGGAAAAGGCAAGUUCUGUCUUUCUUUCUGUGUCUGUGUGUGUCCCUGGGGGCGUGUGAGACGAUCCGCUAUUCUGUGCCUGAAGAGAAGAAAAGCGGGUCCCUAGUUGCUAAUAUUGCAAAGGAUUUGAAACUGGAUGCAGGGAAAUUGUCUGGUCGCAGUGCCCGGCUGAUUUCUAAAAGCAGCAAGCAAUAUUUAGAGCUGAACACAAGCUCCGGGGAUAUGAUAAUAAAGGAGAAAAUAGAUCGUGAGGAUCUGUGCGGACAGAGGGACCCGUGUUUUCUGCAAUUCGAAAUUGUGUUGGAAAAUCCAUUGCAGCUGUACAGAAUGGAGGUGCAGAUAGAUGAUGUGAAUGACAAUUCCCCUAAAUUCUCUAAAAAUGAAUUCGUUUUAAAAAUACCUGAACAGCUCCCCGUAAAUAGCCGCUUCCCCUUGGAAAGGGCCCAAGAUCCAGAUAUAGGAACAAACGGUAUCCAGAGUUACGCAAUCAGCUCCAAUGAGUACUUUAGUCUUGAUGUGCAUUCCCGGGGCGACGGCAGUAAAUACGCGGAGCUGCUAUUAGAGAAACAAUUAGAUCGGGAGGAGCACGCACAGUUGAUACUGGUUCUCACAGCCGCCGAUGGGGGCCUCCCACAGAGAACCGGCACAGCCCGAAUACGCGUUAAUGUGCUGGACAGCAACGAUAACUUCCCACAGUUUAGUCAGUCGGUGUACAAGGUGCAGUUAAUGGAAAAUAGUCCGAGGGACACUUUGGUCACUAAGGUUGAAGCCAGUGAUUUGGAUCAAGGUUUAAAUGCAGAAAUCACCUAUUCAUUCGGGCAGGUGCCCGACAGAGUCCUCAAGUUAUUUCAGUUAAAACCGUUCACUGGCGAAAUCACUGUUUUGGGGAUAAUUGAUUAUGAAGACGCAGCAAUGCAUGAAAUAGAAAUUCACGCCACAGAUGGCGGGGGUUUAUAUGCGCACUGCAAAGUCAUGGUGGAAAUCAAGGACAUGAAUGACAAUGCCCCGGAAGUGACGCUGACAUCCCUCACCAGCACUAUAUCCGAGGGCUCGUCCCCUGAGACAGUGGUGGCCCUGUUCAGUGUGAGCGACCGAGACUCCAGAGACAAUGGCAGAACACUCUGCUCCAUUCAGGACAAUGUCCCAUUUGCUUUAAAAUCGACACUGAAGAAUUUUUACGAGCUUGUUACACAAAAGCCCCUGGACCGAGAGAAAGUGCCUGAGUAUAACAUAACCAUCACAGCCACAGACCGGGGCACUCCGAGGCUCACCUCCGUGAGGGUCAUCCGAGUUCAGCUAUCGGAUAUUAAUGACAACCCCCCUGUAUUUAAUGAAAGCUCGUACGUCAUGUACCUGAAGGAGAACAACCCCCCGGGCCUGUUGAUUGGAACUGUCCAUGCUGCUGACCUAGACACAGAGCAGAAUGCCAAAGUGACGUAUUCGGCAUUGCCUGGCAACAUCAGUGACUUCCCCUUCCCCUCCUCCAUCUCCAUAAACUCCGAGAACGGGCAGGUGUACGCGCUGCAGUCUCUGGAUUAUGAGCAAAGGAGGGAUUUCCAGGUUACAGUGAGAGCUGCAGAUGGCGGGUCCCCGCCACUGAGCUCUGAAGUCAUUGUCCGAGUUGUGAUAAUGACCAAAAUGACAACGCCCCCUUCAUUUUAUACCCUCUGCAGAACAGCAGCUCCCCCGCUAAUGACCUGGUUCCCAGAUCGGCGGAGGCGGGUUACCUGGUGACGAAGGUGGUGGCUGUGGAUGGAGAUUCCGGUCAGAAUUCUUGGCUUUCCUACCAGCUGCUCAAGGCCACAGACCCAAGUCUCUUCG